AUGAACAGCGCAGAGCGAGCCGCGCGGCGCGCGACCCGCACAGGCGCGUCGCAAUGGGCGUGCUUCCUCUGCCAGCACGUGCGGCCGCAGGCGCAGCCGUCGCGACCCCGGUUCCCGCUCGCAGCCAGCGUCCGCAGACACAUCUCCGGCUCGACGCCGCGGAGGGCGGCGGCGCCUCCUCCGCGACCGCAGACGCAGGGGCAGGCCGCGCAGCCCCCAUCGAUGGAACAGAUCCGGGCGCAUUAUAGCCGGAAGAACCGCACGGUGGCGUACUACACGAUGAGCCUGAUCCUCGGCACGGUGGCGCUGUCUUACGGCUCGAUCUGCCAAACCACCGGCUGGGGCGGCCAGCCCGUCCGCGCCCACGGCGGCUCCUACGAGGGCGAAAUCUCGAGCCGCCUCGUGCCCGUAACCUCCGCGAACCGAAUCCGCGUCACUUUCAACGCCUCCGUCUCGGAUGAGCUGCCGUGGAAGUUUGUCCCGCAGCAGCGCGAGGUGCGCGUCCUCCCCGGCGAGACGGCCCUCGCCUUCUACAAGGCCGAGAACCGCGGCGACAAGGACAUCAUCGGAGUCGCCACAUACAGCGUCACGCCCGCGCAGUGCGCGCCAUACUUUAGCAAGAUCCAGUGUUUUUGCUUCGAAGAGCAACGCCUCAACGCCGGCGAGACGGUCGACAUGCCCGUCUUCUUCUACCUUGACCCAGACCUGCUCAACGACUUGAACAUGAAGGGCGUGGAGACGGUGACGUUGAAUUACACAUUUUUCAAGGCGCGAUACGACAACAACGGCAGAUUCAAGGCCCCAGCCAUGAUAUAA